AUGUCGCAAAUUCCUUCCGACAGCUCGGGCAACAGCGAUGCUCUGGAGCUUGAAGCAGCGGGGUAUCAGCAGGCUAUGCCUCGCCGUUUCUCGUUGUGGUCACUAGGCGCGCUGUCUUUCACUCUCACAUGUACGUGGCUGGGAACAGGAUCUUCGAUUGGCAUCAGCUUGACUGAGGCUUCAUCGGCGGGAACCCUGUGGUCUCUUCCUAUCGCGGGAGUGAUGACAACAAUCGUCUCAUUGGGCAUGGCAGAGCUUGCAUCCGCGUAUCCAGUCGCUGGUGCACAGUAUUAUUGGUCGUUUAUGGUGGCCCGAGAUGACUACAAGCCAUUUGCGUCUUACCUAAACGGCUGGAUGAGCGUCAUUGGCUGGUGGCUUGCUUCAAGCUCAGUAUCCAACUUUGUCUCAUCCAUGAUCCUCGACAUCGUGAGCGCCUGGCAUCCCGAUUGGAACCAAGAGCGGUGGCACCAGUAUCUGAUCUACGUUGCUCUAAUCUGGAUAGCCACUUCCGCCAACAUAUUCAUGUCGCGAUGGAUCCCUCUUUUCAACAAGAUGGUAUUCGUCCUAUCAGUUUUGACCCUCAGCGCCACAACAAUCACUUUAUUCGUGGUAACCAAGAACCAUGCUUCAUCAGAGUUUAUCUUUAAAGACACGACCAAUAGAACAGGCUGGUCGAGUGAUGGAUUUGCUUUCAUGCUAGCGGUUGGAAAUGCAGUCUAUGCAUUUCUGGGUAGUGAUUGUGGUGCUCAUCUCUGCGAGGAGAUCCCUAACCCGGCCAAGAACGUACCCAAGGUUAUGAUAUACCCUUUGCUGAUGGGGCUCUUGACCGCCUUUCCUUUUGCGGCUUCUCUGAUGUAUGCGAUAUCGGAUAUCUCGGCUGUGCUCAACACGACAACUGGACUACCGUUGUUUGAGAUUUACUUCCAAGGAACUGGAUCUCGGUCUGGGGCGACGGUGUUGAUGACCUUGUUUGCAUUCUGCUUCUUUGCCAAUCUUGUCGCCAAUGCCACGACUUCAUCACGAACGCUAUGGGCCGUGUCUCGUGAUGGCGCAAUACCGUACUCACAUUUUUGGGAACGCGUCCAUCCCAAAUUUGAGGUACCGGUCAACGCUUUGUUGCUUUCAGCAACAUUCAUCACUUUAUAUGGCCUGAUUUUCCUCGGUUCCUCCACCGCCUUUGCCGCCAUGGUCAGUGCAGCCAUCAUUUUUCUGCAAACAUCGUGCAUAAUUCCACAAGCCGUUCUACUCUACAGAGGACGCGAACGCGUGUUACCACUACGAUAUUUCAACCUCGGCAAGUAUGGCGCAUUGAUCAACGGUAUCUCCGUAGUUUGGGUUGUUUUCCUGGAUAUCCUGUACUGCUUCCCCACAACGAUGCCAGUCACGGCAGAAAACAUGAGCUACGUCUCGGUUGUGUUUGUCGGACUGGUGGGAUUUGUCGUUGUUCUUUGGUUUACUACCAAGAAGAACACGUUUACCGGGCCGAGGAUUGAUCUUGAUAUGUUGAACGCUCGGAGAGUGGCGGCUGUUGGACCUUUGGAGGGAACUAACCCUGAGUACCACCCAUUGAGAAACUCUGAGGCGGUAAAGUCGGAUUGA